CCGGGGCGCGCGCUCCCGCCCGGGCCGCCCGGGCCCCGCGGCGCCGCGGCCCGAGGCCCCGGGAAGCGCAGCCAUGGCCCUGCGGAGGCUGGGGGCCGCGCUGCUGCUGCUGCCGCUGCUCGCCGCGGUGGAAGAAACGCUGAUGGACUCAACCACAGCGACGGCAGAGCUGGGCUGGAUCGUGCAUCCUCCAUCAGGGUGGGAAGAGGUGAGUGGCUACGAUGAGAACAUGAACACCAUCCGCACGUACCAGGUGUGCAAUGUGUUUGAGUCGAGCCAGAACAACUGGCUACGGACCAAGUUCAUCCGGCGCCGUGGCGCCCAUCGCAUCCACGUGGAGAUGAAGUUCUCAGUGCGUGACUGCAGCAGCAUCCCCAGCGUGCCCGGCUCCUGCAAGGAGACCUUCAAUCUCUAUUACUACGAGGCCGAUUUCGACUCGGCCACCAAGACCUUCCCCAACUGGAUGGAGAACCCGUGGGUGAAGGUGGACACCAUCGCCGCCGAUGAGAGCUUCUCCCAGGUGGACCUUGGUGGCCGGGUCAUGAAGAUCAAUACCGAGGUGCGGAGCUUCGGGCCUGUGUCCCGCAGUGGCUUCUACCUGGCCUUCCAGGACUACGGCGGCUGCAUGUCCCUCAUCGCCGUGCGCGUCUUCUACCGCAAGUGCCCCCGCAUCAUCCAGAAUGGCGCCAUCUUCCAGGAGACACUGUCAGGGGCUGAGAGCACAUCGCUGGUGGCGGCCCGGGGUAGCUGCAUCGCCAACGCGGAGGAGGUGGACGUGCCCAUAAAGCUCUACUGCAACGGGGACGGCGAGUGGCUGGUGCCCAUCGGGCGCUGCAUGUGCAAAGCGGGCUUUGAGGCCGUGGAGAACGGCACCGUCUGCCGAGGUUGCCCAUCUGGAACUUUCAAGGCCAACCAAGGGGACGAAGCCUGUACCCACUGUCCCAUCAACAGCCGGACCACUUCAGAAGGAGCCACCAACUGUGUCUGCCGCAAUGGCUACUACAGAGCAGACCUGGACCCCCUGGACAUGCCCUGCACAACCAUCCCCUCUGCACCCCAGGCCGUGAUCUCCAGUGUCAACGAGACCUCACUCAUGCUAGAGUGGACCCCGCCCCGAGACUCGGGAGGCCGUGAGGAUCUUGUCUACAACAUCAUCUGUAAGAGCUGUGGCUCAGGCCGGGGCGCCUGCACCCGCUGUGGGGACAACGUGCAGUACGCACCCCGCCAGCUGGGCCUGACUGAGCCACGCAUUUACAUCAGUGACCUGCUGGCCCACACCCAGUACACCUUCGAGAUCCAGGCCGUGAACGGUGUCACCGACCAGAGCCCCUUCUCACCACAGUUUGCCUCCGUGAACAUCACCACCAACCAGGCAGCUCCAUCGGCCGUGUCCAUCAUGCACCAGGUGAGCCGCACUGUGGACAGCAUCACCCUGUCGUGGUCCCAGCCCGACCAGCCCAACGGCGUCAUCCUGGAUUACGAGCUGCAGUACUAUGAGAAGGAGCUGAGUGAGUACAACGCCACAGCCAUAAAAAGCCCCACCAACACGGUCACUGUGCAGGGCCUCAAAGCCGGCGCCAUCUAUGUCUUCCAGGUGCGGGCACGCACCGUGGCAGGCUACGGGCGCUACAGUGGCAAGAUGUACUUCCAGACCAUGACAGAAGCCGAGUACCAGACAAGCAUCCAGGAGAAGCUGCCACUCAUCAUCGGCUCCUCGGCGGCUGGCCUGGUCUUCCUCGUUGCCGUGGUUGUCAUCGCCAUCGUGUGUAACAGAAGACGGGGGUUUGAGCGUGCUGACUCGGAGUACACAGACAAGCUGCAGCACUACACCAGUGGCCACAUGACCCCAGGCAUGAAGAUCUACAUCGACCCUUUCACCUACGAGGACCCCAAUGAGGCAGUGCGGGAGUUUGCCAAGGAAAUUGACAUCUCCUGUGUCAAAAUUGAGCAGGUGAUCGGAGCAGGGGAGUUUGGUGAGGUAUGCAGCGGCCACCUGAAGCUGCCAGGCAAGAGAGAGAUCUUUGUAGCCAUCAAGACACUCAAGUCGGGCUAUACUGAGAAGCAGCGCCGGGACUUCCUGAGCGAGGCCUCCAUCAUGGGCCAGUUCGACCACCCCAACGUCAUCCACCUGGAGGGUGUUGUCACCAAGAGCACGCCCGUGAUGAUCAUCACUGAGUUCAUGGAGAACGGCUCCCUGGACUCCUUCCUCCGGCAAAAUGAUGGGCAGUUCACAGUCAUCCAGCUGGUGGGCAUGCUACGGGGCAUCGCGGCCGGCAUGAAGUACCUGGCGGACAUGAACUACGUCCACCGUGACCUGGCCGCCCGCAACAUCCUCGUCAACAGCAACCUGGUCUGCAAGGUGUCUGACUUUGGGCUCUCACGCUUUCUGGAGGAUGAUACCUCAGACCCCACCUACACCAGUGCCCUGGGUGGGAAGAUCCCCAUCCGCUGGACGGCCCCAGAAGCCAUCCAGUACCGGAAGUUCACCUCAGCCAGUGACGUCUGGAGCUAUGGUAUCGUCAUGUGGGAGGUGAUGUCCUACGGGGAGCGGCCCUACUGGGACAUGACCAACCAGGAUGUAAUCAACGCUAUAGAGCAGGACUACCGGCUGCCACCGCCCAUGGACUGCCCGAGCGCGCUGCACCAGCUCAUGCUGGACUGCUGGCAGAAGGACCGCAACCACCGGCCCAAGUUCGGCCAGAUCGUCAACACGCUGGACAAGAUGAUCCGCAACCCCAACAGCCUCAAAGCCAUGGCGCCCCUCUCUUCCGGAAUCAACCUGCCACUGCUGGACCGCACGAUCCCCGACUACACCAGCUUUAACACCGUGGACGAGUGGCUGGAGGCCAUCAAGAUGGGGCAGUACAAGGAGAGCUUCGCCAGCGCCGGCUUUACCUCCUUCGAUGUCGUGUCGCAGAUGAUGAUGGAGGACAUUCUCCGGGUUGGGGUCACCUUGGCUGGUCACCAGAAAAAAAUCCUGAACAGUAUCCAGGUGAUGCGGGCACAGAUGAACCAGAUCCAGUCUGUGGAGGUUUGACCUUCACCUGCCUCGGCUCACCUCUUCCUCCAGGCCCCACCCCCUCCGCCCCACAUGCCGGCCACGGUUCUCCGUCACCGCAGGGUCAGCCACCUGCCAGGAGGCCACGGGCAACAGGAAGAACCAAGCAGCGCCCCAGCCAUGAGAUGUCACCAAGAACAUGUGCAACUUCAGAUGAUGGAAAAAAGGGA